AUGAGUGCACCGCCGUCUUGCGAAUGGACGAUGCAACAAAGUGUGCACGGAUUCACACCGAGAUCCACACCCGCAUCCCUCGGCGCAUCUCCACUAGAGUUCUCGAGAAACGUUCCCUCAACGUCGAGUUCAUGUGGCGGCAGUGGGGGUGGACGACAUCAUUGCGCCGUUUGUGGAGAUCCCGCCGAUGGAAUCCACUUUGGGGCACACUCUUGUGCCGCGUGUGGAGCUUUUUUCAGAAGAUCGGUGAGCGAUCAGAAAGUUUACGCGUGCGAUGGGAAACGAUGUCUGGGAAAUGGUCGUACAACGAAAAAAGGCGGAAAUUGUCGCUAUUGUCGCUUUCAAAAGUGUAUCAACGCUGGAAUGCAACCGAUUGAGUAUUUUCCUUGGGGAAAACUCGACACCGAUUUUGGAGAGCCUUGUGCAAUUGAGGAGAGAUUGGGCGUCGAGGAGACACUCCUACUUUAUGAAAAAGUCAACAUUGAGCCCAUUCAAAUAAGAAAUGAGCCGUUUCAGGAUCACCUCGAUACAACGAUCUUGGCUCAUCUCGAGGAAAUGAGCAUCGAAUGGAGAAUCUUCACACAAAUCAUCACCACAAAUCCGUUGAUGAAAGAUUUCGACUCAGACUCGACCAUCGCUCAAACAGCUGACUCAGCUCCACGAAAACUCAGCCAAGUGCACCCAAAUCUUCGUGACCUUUUCCUAAGCGGAUACCUCUUUGAGUUGGCGCUCUCGUCGGUGAAAAACGGAGGCGUUCAAAUGGAUCACACGAUUACAACUAGUGGCCUCAAAAUUGAGCUGAUCGAGGAAGAGUUGACGCGUUUCUUCACCACUCCACAGAUUAGAGAUCCACUUUGUAUGGCGAGAUUGUGCCUCCCGUUUUUCGCUCAUCUUGUCCGUGUUUGUGCCCGUUCGCUGCAGUCCUUGUCAAUUGAUGAGAUUGAGACAGCCUUUCUCUACUAUGCGGUCAUUGCAUCGUAUCAAGCACCACAAAGUCAACUCUCUGGAAACACAAUUCUAUCAAAACUCUGCUCUGAACUGACCACACAUUACGAUUCAACUCCAGAAGAAAUCGCACAGAAAAUGGGAAAUCUCUUGCUGACAGUGUCACCUUUCCGAGAAGCACUUCAAUUUUUACAUGAAUAUAUCACUUUAUUAGAGUUUGAGUCGUUAUUUAUU